AUGAGCGACGAAACUCCGGGGGUAGGGCAGGGCGCUCUGCCCCCGAGAGAGGGCCAUCGCGUCGCGACGGAGCGCCCGGGCGCCGCCCCUGGCACCGUCAGAGUCGCUCAUGCCCAGGCGAUUGGUGGACAAUACGUUAUAACAACACAACCUCAUGGCAUGCCGGCAUUAACACAGAUAUCAUCCGGUAGUCUGACCGGUGGUACUAACGUGGCUCGUUUAAUCGUAAAUUCGCCGAGAGUAGGUCAAACGUCUCCUCUGCGUCCAAGCCUCGCCAACCAAUCCAUCGUAAACGUACUAACGAAAUCUCGACCAAACUCCAAUGUACGUUUGCAAUUGUUUCCAUCGUCCGAAAAUCCAGCAAACAACGCCGCCAGAUCCUUGAAACGACCUCUGUCUUCCACCGGCCCGGGCGAUAAAAAAGACGGUUACACCACCAAACUGCAGCACGUCAUGAACUAUCGCAUCGUACGCUCUAAACUAGUAAAAGAAAAAUAUAACGAACAUCUCCUAGAAGCUUACUAUUUAGAAACGGGAAACAACAUUUUAGAUUUAUACCAAUUCGCCAAACGACCUAAAACCCAAGCGUACAUAGCGUAUUUGAAGGAGCACGCCAUCGAUCCGAGAGACUAUCCCGAAGCCUCCGCCGUGCCCCAAAGCACACCUUCCGCCACAUCGGCCAGCUCUCUGCCCGGCAUAUCGCAAACCAACUCUGUACAAACUAGUAGUAGUUCAAACGUACCGGCGACCGAAAGUCACAGCAGCACGUCGACAGCUGUCAAACUGUCGAAGCAAACGAGUCAAAUGAGCAGCAGCGCAAACGCCAGCCAGGAAAUGAUCGUGGAGAAGGCGAAGCAGGAGGCGUACGUGGUGCAGCGCAUAGCCGAUCUGCAGAAGGAGGGCCUGUGGUCGGAGAAGAGGCUGCCCAAGGUGCAGGAGAUGCCGCGCACCAAGGCCCAUUGGGACUUUUUGCUCGAAGAGAUGGUGUGGUUGGCGGCCGAUUUCGCGCAGGAACGUAAAUGGAAGAAAGCGGCCGCCAAGAAGUGCGCCCGGAUGGUCCAGAAGUACUUUCAAGACAAAGCGCUGGCCGCCCAACGGGCGGAGAAGGCGCACGAACAGAACCUCCGGCGAAUAGCGUCGUUCUGCGCGAAGGAAAUCAAGAAUUUCUGGAACAACGUGGAGAAAUUGGUGGAGUACAAACAGAAUACGAUUUUAGAAGAGAAACGCAAGAAGGCUUUAGACCAACAAUUGAGCUUUAUAGUGGAUCAAACCGAAAAAUAUUCCCAAUUACUGGCCGAAGGGAUGAAUAAAACGGUAGAACAACCGCCGAGUUCCGCUCCAUCGCGAUCCGUAUCUCGAGCGGCGUCCGACACCGAAUUCGAUCCGGAUUUACAGAGCGACGAGGACGACGAGGAGACCAUAGCGCAGGAGGAAGCCGCCCUCGGAAACGCCGGUCAAAAAGAAGAACUCGAAGCGUUGCAAAAAGAAUCUCAAAUGGAACUGGACGAUUUGCUCGAAGACGACCUGCUGAGAAACUAUCUACUGAACAGGGAUACAAUUCGGAUGAGCGAUUCGGACGAUUCCGACGACGAGAUCGAUUCGAAAAAAGGUGGCACCUCCAAAGCCGACGACGAGUCGGAAGCGUCCGAGUCCUCCAAAGAGGACGAGGAAUGUGAAGAUACCGAAGAAGAAAGCGAAGGAGACGUAACGAACGUGCCCGAAACUGCGAUGCAAGGCAAACACGACGAACUCAAAAUGUUGGUCGAAGAGGGAGAAAUCAAGACUGAAAAAGACACUAAAGAUGAUCUUAUCAACGACGCCGCCGCCAUCGCUGAGAGCAUACAGCCCAAAGGAAACACUUUAUCAUCGACAAACGUUUCGACAAACAUCCCCUUUUUACUCAAAUAUUCGCUAAGAGAAUACCAACACAUCGGUUUGGAUUGGUUGGUGACGAUGUACGAGAGAAAACUCAACGGUAUAUUGGCCGAUGAAAUGGGUUUAGGUAAGACCAUACAGACGAUCGCGUUGUUGGCGCACCUCGCCUGCGAAAAGGAGAAUUGGGGUCCGCAUUUGAUCGUCGUGCCCACAUCGGUGAUGUUGAAUUGGGAGAUGGAGUGCAAAAAGUGGUGUCCCGCCUUUAAGAUUCUCACGUAUUACGGUUCGCAGAAGGAGAGGAAGUUCAAACGCAUCGGUUGGACGAAGCCGAACGCGUUUCACAUUUGCAUCACGUCGUACAAGCUGGUCAUUCAGGACCAUCAGAGCUUUCGGCGGAAAAAGUGGAAGUAUCUGAUACUGGACGAGGCGCAAAACAUUAAGAAUUUCAAAUCGCAACGGUGGCAGCUGUUGUUGAAUUUCCAAACUCAGCAGCGGUUAUUGUUAACUGGUACGCCUUUACAAAACAAUUUAAUGGAAUUGUGGUCUUUGAUGCAUUUCUUGAUGCCCAAUGUGUUUCAAUCGCAUCGCGAAUUCAAAGAGUGGUUUUCCAAUCCUGUUACCGGCAUGAUAGAAGGCAAUUCCGAAUACAAUGAAAGUAUUAUAAAAAGGCUACAUAAAGUUCUAAGGCCAUUUUUGCUUAGAAGACUAAAAAGCGAAGUCGAAAAACAGAUGCCAAAAAAAUACGAGCAUGUAGUGAUGUGUAGAUUAUCGAAAAGACAAAGAUAUUUAUACGAUGAUUACAUGUCUCGAGCAAAGACAAGAGAAACAUUAUCAACGGGUAAUUUAUUAAGUGUUAUAAACGUCCUAAUGCAAUUGAGAAAAGUCUGCAAUCACCCAAAUUUAUUUGAAGUGCGCCCGACAAUAUCUCCAUUUCAAUGUGAAGGCAUCACUUUACAUAUUCCAUCCAUUGUCUAUUCCGCUCUAGAUUAUGAUUAUUUAAAGCACGUUAAUUUGCAAGCCUUAAAUUUGCUGUUAAUUAUGCAAGAAAUCCAUUUCGGUUCCUAUCAAUGUUAUCGAAUGCGGCAGUCUCGAAAUUCGAAGCUAAUUGUAGAAAUGAAUAAACCUUCUUGUAAAAAUCCACCUACGAUUCCACCUUGUAAAUUAGCGAUGCGUGUAAUACCGGAUAAAGGAGACAAAAACGAAGAUAAAAGAGAAAUGCCAGUUUUAACGCCCAGCCAACCGCCCCCAUUGCAACUGAAGAGCCAGCCUAACAUGAAAGUGAAAGUGUCUGGUGUACAACUAGUCAAUACACAGGGUAUUUUAAAAACGAUUCCAGUCGUGAGUAUUUCUCAGGGUGCUACAGGUCAAAUAGGUACGCCUGUACCGAGCGUAACAUCGGUGUUGAAACCUCCCGAUAAAAUAUCUGCCAGUUUUGCUCAGUUGGUUCAGACUAGCACCGGUAAGCAUUUACUUCUGACAUCGAAUCCGAAUAUUUCCGCCAACAUACCGGUUACAUCAACAACGCCAGGCGGGCAAAAAUUGACGUUUUUAUCUAAACAACCGGUUUCGACAAUAGGUAAUGCACAUUCGGUAACGAAGGCGUUUGUAAAAUUUUUAACGGCCGUAACUACUACAUCGACUUUUACAACUGUCAGUACAGCUAAUUCGAAUACUAUUUCGGUGGUGAAAAGCGACGAUAGCAGAGCGAAAGGCGGAAGGACCCCCGUAGGGAUAGACUAUAUAGGCAAACUUUAUUCUAAGCAAAAUAGUUUGGACGUUCGAUGGAACAGCGACGAAAGAAACGUAGGUUUAUUAAGUGAGGACGCUUCUUCGAAGGGUGAACGAAAGGAUAGACUCACCCUGAUGGCCAAAAUAAACAAAAUGAGAUGUUCGGCUUUACCGUUGUACGGGCGAGAUUUUCAAGACGCGGUGAAAAUAUUCAAUCCGAAUAAAUUGAACGUUUGGAACGGCGGAUAUGUUCAUUGCUUGAAUGGUUUAUACGAUAAAAACACCGACGAUUGUACGAAUUGUCUGAAAGAAAUGCUGUACAAUCCGGAACGAAGAUUGGAGGAACUUAAAGAUAUAUUCGAUAGGUUCAUAUUUUACGUACCUUCGGUAAAAACCGUCGAACCUGAAUUACAAGUGUGGCAUCCGCCGCCUAGUAAAUUCUGGGGCCAAAGACAAGAGAGACAACUUCUUCAGAAAUUGUUCCUGAAACCAUCCACGCCUCUGCACUCGAUCGCAUCCGCCAUGGUUACGCAGUUCCCCGAUCCGAGGCUGAUCCAAUACGAUUGCGGCAAAUUACAAACGUUAGACGUGCUGCUGAGGAAACUCAAAGCCGAAGGCCACAGGGCGUUGAUUUUCACGCAAAUGACCAAAAUGUUGGACGUUUUGGAAGCGUUUUUGAACUACCACGGUCACAUUUAUCUGAGAUUAGACGGUACGACUAGGGUGGAUCAAAGACAAGUGUUAAUGGAACGGUUCAACGGCGAUACGCGAAUCUUCGCGUUCAUUCUAUCGACGCGUUCCGGCGGCGUCGGCGUCAAUCUCACCGGAGCGGAUACUGUGAUAUUUUACGAUUCCGAUUGGAAUCCGACCAUGGACGCGCAAGCGCAGGACCGUUGCCAUCGAAUCGGCCAAACCAGGGACGUGCACAUCUACCGAUUGGUCAGCGAGCGAACUAUAGAAGAGAACAUCUUGAAGAAGGCCAAUCAGAAGCGAUUGUUGGGCGAUCUCGCCAUCGAAGGGGGCAAUUUCACAACGGCUUACUUCAAAAGUUCGACUAUACAAGAUUUGUUCAAUAUCGAUCAAAACGAAGAAAACGCUGCUACGAGGAUGUCCGCGCUGAUGGAUAUGAAGAAAGAACGCGAAAAGAUAUUAUCGGGAGAGAAUGUUGUAGUAGACGACAAGGCGGCCGUGGGAGCUUUGGAAAGCGCUUUAGCAGCGUGCGAGGACGAUCAGGACGUUCAAGCUGCUAAAACUGCCAAAGCAGAGGCCGUAGCCGAUCUAGCCGAAUUCGAUGAGAACAUUCCGUUGGACGAACAAGAACGAGAAAAGGAACCGGAACUGAGUAAAGCCGAACAAGAAAUCAAUAAUGUGAUUGAGAAGUUGACUCCUAUAGAAAAAUACGCUAUGAAAUUCAUCGAAACGACGGAAUCCGCUUGGUCUGCGGAACAACUGGCUGCCGCCGAAAGGGAGAUCGAGAAACAGAAGAAGGAAUGGGAGCAAAAUCGUUUGGCCGCCAUGCGAGAAGAAGAAGAACGUCGAGCACGCGAAUUGGAAGAAGAAAACGACAUGAUAACGUUUUCGAGAGAAGACGCCGCCAAUCAGGUUUGGGUAUCGGAUAAUACAAUGGAGCAAAUGCCGAUGUGGUGUCCUCCUACUCCACCUCAACAAGACAAUGAUGUUUACAUUGAUCAGACAAUGGCGUUUUUGUACGAUCAAUCGAUCAUGGCGGAGUCGCAAUUGCCGCCUAUAUACGUGAAGCGCGAUCAAAAGCGGAACAGAUACGAGGCGGGUUUGACGGAAAGCAGAAGGGCUUUGAAAAUACCGAGAAAAGAGGAAUCCACCAACGCUCCGAAAUCUCUCUUCCACUCGGCGACCAUUCUGAAGAUGCGCAGAGAUUUAAAGAUUCAAAAAUACAGGGGUUUGAUUAGACCGUCGAUACCGAUAACGGGCAAAUCGAGCAUACAAAAACCGCCGGUGGAACAGCCGAUAUUUCACGAUUGGACAAUCCACGAGGACAUGGCUAUUUUGAAAGUCGUCCAAAACUUCCAGGGUUUGCCGUUGAAUCUAAUCGUGAUGAAUCCGGGCCACACGCCCAAUUGGGAUUUUGUCUCGGACUACGUCAAUACGGUUUCUAUCACGUUCAGAUCGCCCAAACAGUGCCGACAACGGUACGAAAGCCACCUGAUGCAACGAGAAGAAGGCAAACAAUCGGGCCUGGACACCUACAUGAAGAAAAAGAAAAGCAAAUCGAGCUCGCUGCAGAAAUAUCCCGUUUUAUCGAAGUCCAGCAGAUCGAUGAGAACGUGCCAGCUGUACCAUCAAGAUAACAAUUCCUCUUUUAGCCAAAUUAUGAUCAACAGAUUCGAAACGUUGAAGAGCAUCGCCAAUAAGAAAGCUUCCGCGACGCGAGCCGCCCAUCACGUCGUCAGCAAUCCGUUGGCCAGUAAAACGAAACACGCUCCCGCUUUGAACGAUUGCGGCAUCGACAUCGAACAUCCCGUGUUGCCCGUAGAAGUAGCCGCUAGGCGAGCCGAGAGAAUCGCGAAAGAGAAAAAGAUGAAUCCGGAACAGCAAAUGGCCCGAUUGCAAAUGAUGAAAGGAAUCAUAGCCAAUCAACAAUCGGCCGCGACUAGUUCUACCGGCGUUACCGGUACUUCGAGCGGUACUGUCGUCACGUCGAGCACUCCUCAGAUUGUUAGUACUCAGUCGUCUGUUGCUGUUACUACGGCGUCUUCGCCGGUUACGCCAUCGGUAGCAUCGAAUAUUCAAAGAAACCAAAGGAUAUUGGCGUCGCCCAUACAAACGUCGACGGUGGUAUCGGUAUCCGGUUUGAGUCCCGCCCAAUUGCAAGCGGCCACGCAACGAUUGAUCGUGUCCGCUGGAUCGUCCGGCCAAGGUAAAGUAGUAGCGACAGCGACCACAUCGGCGCUCCAAAGUAAACCGAUCGGACAGGCGCAAUUGGCAAUGAUUCGACAAGCGAAUCUAAAGCAACAGCUCCGUUUGCACGCCGGCAACGUCGCCGCCGCCGCCGCGGCGCAAGGCGGCGUCAAAACAUCGACCGUCACGAUCGGCGGACAACAGGCCGUGGUCCAGUUUACGCAAGCGCAGCAGCCUCGAGCGCAAUUCAUCCGACAAGGUACCGUGACUGUUGCAGGCAAAACGGGCGGCGUCGCGCGAACGGCCACCGACGGCGAGGUGGCGCAAUUGUUGCAGAAACGCCAGAAAUUGGCGGGUACUUCGGCCGGCGGCGGUACCAUACAGAGUCUGUCGCCGCAGGUGCUGGCGCAAGCCAUUCAAGCCGGUACGUCGGGCGCGCCCGUUGCUACGCUCGUCAAAACUGUAUCCACCGCUGGCGUUACGCAAACGGUGACUAUACCCGUGACGGGCGUCGCUCUAUCCGCAUCGGGUAAAAACCUCGCGACGACAUUAAAAACGACGAAUCCCGCCCAGUUGCGCCAGCUGCAGUUGCAACAGCAGCUGUUGGCCCAGAAGAAACUGGCCGGACAGAAGUUGAGCAUAGCCCAAGUGGCCGGAAAGAAUAACGUGCAAACGCAAUUGAUAGUCGGUUCGAAGCCGCUGCCCGCCGCCAUGACGGUGCAGCAAUUCCAACAGGUGAUCAGAUCGCCGUUGAACGUGUCCCAAGGACCGGUGGUGUUGGCCAAAGGACCGCCGACGAGGAUGAUACCGGUGAAUACGGCCCAGGGAACUAAACAAACCAUACAGGUGGUGGCUGCCGGUACAUCUCAAAGUCUAAAUACAGCGUUGCGACCGCAAGGUACGUCGGCGUUGGCGGGCGCUCUGGCGGGCAUAAAGAUGCAAGGGGCGGGCAGCGCCAGCCAGCAGGCUUUGCUUUCUCAGGUAUCGGCUGCUUUGAGCCAGAACGUGGCCGGCAUGCGUCAGGGCAGCCCGGUGCGCAUACAGACGUCGAGCGGGGCGCCCUUGGUGGCCGUCAGCGUGCAAAAUGUGCAACAAUCGUCUGGCUCUUCGGCAACGCCGCCUCAUUCGAACGCCGAUCAAGUAAGUAGGUUUUUGAAGAAGUGA